CUCUCUCUCUCUCUCUCUCUCUCUCUCUCUCUGACACAAAAACAACAGCAACAACACCACCACCAACAACAAACAACUAUGGUGGUUGCGUCUCAACCAGCAUUAAACCAUAGCUCUCAAAUCAAAACAUGCAAGCCCACCAGCUUGUUCACUGGAAUUCCAGUGGUGGACCUCUCAGACCCUAAGGCCAAGAGCCUCAUAGUCAAGGCGUUUGAGGAGUUUGGGAUUUUCAAGCUUGUAAAUCAUGGAAUCCCAAUGGAGGUCAUAAACAAGUUGGAAGUUGAGUCCCUUAGGUUCUUCAAUUUGCCUCAGCCUGAGAAAGACAGGGCGAGCCCUCCUGAUCCAUAUGGCUAUGGCAGCAAGAGAAUUGGCCCAAACGGUGAUGUGGGUUGGAUUGAAUAUAUCCUCCUCAAUACCAAUCCUGAUGUCAUGUCCCACAAAUCACUCUCCAUUUUCCAACAAAGCCCAGAAAUUUUCCACUCUGCUGUGAAUGAUUAUAUUUCAGCUGUGAAGAAAAUGACUUGUGAAGUACUGGAAUUGAUAGCCGAUGGUUUGGGGCUUGAGGCAAGGAAUAUGUUGAGCAGGUUUUUGAGGAAUGAGAAAAGUGACUCUUGCUUCAGGCUAAACCACUAUCCACCAUGCCCAGAACUCCAAGCGUUGAGUGGACGAAAUUUGAUUGGAUUUGGGGAGCACACAGACCCGCAGAUAAUUUCUGUCCUAAGAUCUAACAACACCUCAGGACUUCAAAUCUGUCUGAGAGAUGGGACAUGGGUGUCAGUGCCACCUGAUCGCUCUUCUUUUUUCAUCAAUGUUGGUGAUUCCUUGCAGGUAAUGACUAAUGGGAGGUUUAAGAGUGUGAAGCAUAGGGUUUUGACUGAUAAUACAAACCCAAGGAUUUCAAUGAUCUACUUUGGAGGGCCACCUUUAAAUGAAAAGAUAGUACCUUUACCCUCACUUGUGGCAGAAGGAGAAGAAAGCUUGUACAAGGAGUUCACAUGGUGGGAAUAUAAAAAGUCUGCAUACAAGUCAAGGUUGGGUGAUUAUAGGCUAGGUCCCUUUGAGAAAACUGCCAGCCAAUGAAGUGGCCAAGUUCCCAAUUUUAGCAGAUAGUAGGGUGUGUUUUUCAAUGCUCAAAAUAGAUUUGAAAAUCUGACUCAACUUGCCAUAGAUGGAAAAACGAAUAGGAUGUUCAUUAUCUUUCUUUUUUUUUCUUUUUCUUUUUUUUCACUUUUUUUGGGGUUCAAAUGUUGCAACAACCACGUUUCGACCAUUGAUGCAAGUGUAUCAUCAUCAUCAUCCUGUCAUCAUGAAUGCUAUUCACACAUCAUGACCUUAAGUUGUUGAUAUUACCAGUUAAUAUGGUAUAUCAUCUUGUCCUUAUCCAUAUUUCGUACCUAUUAGAGCAGUGAAAUUUUAUGGAUUUACAA